UGACCCCCACCUGCCCCUCUCGGUGCUCAUCAGGACCAGAGUGCGGCCUCUCCACCCUCUAAGGUAUUUUCAGGGCAGCCCAGGAGGAAUUCCGCUGAAUAUUCCGGACCUGCUUCGCCCCGAUGGCUGCUGCAGGAUCUUGCUACCCUGAGGAGCUGUGGGCCCCUCACCACCCUUGGGUCCCCUGGAGAGCGGCACCCGAAGGGGAUGACACGGUCUCGGAGGCUUCCCACUUACUGAGAGGAGCCCGAAUCCUGGCCAGGAGGGAAACGGACGGCUAUUUUUACCCAGGCCACAUAAUCCGAGAAGUGGAGGGCUCCCGGGGUUGUUUCCUCGUGGAGUUUGCGAGAAGCCGGUCGCCGAAGAGCCGAGCCCGUCCGCGCAUCCAGGCGACCCCUUUCUAUGACAUCGUCCACUACGAGGACGCCCGGCGUCGACGGCUGAUCCCGGGGGACAGGGUCCUGGCCCCGUGGGAGGCCGGAGCCGAGAGAUACGGUCCCGGGAUGGUGCUCCGGGCGGCAGAGGACCAGGCCGCCCCUGAAGCCUCCGCACGCCGAGGGAUAUUGGUCAAUUUCUGGUCAGGCCGGACCCGGGAAGUGGCCCCGGACGUGGCCCUGAAGAUCCCUCGGCCCUGGAGCGAACGCAUCCUCCUCGAGCUCCAGAUGUCUCCAGCUGCCAGGCGCCAGGUGGUGGAAUCCAGUCCGGAUUAUCCCUUUCUAGUGGCCCCGGGCUACCGGGCCUCAGGAGGCCCCGGGCUCGGCCCGUUCGGCCUGUGCUGCCGGUGGUGGUGGCCUCCGUGGGACAGUCCCGGCCCUCGGUGGCUCCGUGCCGGGUGGCCGGAUGACCACGGCCCUGAGGGUGGGCAACUGGCAAACGCCCGGGGACCACCAAAGCCGAGAAGCAGCGUGGCCUAG